GCUUGGGGAAAGUGAAAAAGAAAUACAAAUCACAGAGUGACAGAGACGUGAAGGGCAGUGGCCAGUGGGUGGGUGGGUAGGAGGAGGAGACAGACGAGAAACAGGAGCCGUAUCCUUGUCGAUAUCGUAGAGAGGGCAAGACAGGGGCUCGUCGUAGCCAUAGAAUCGUAAUCCGAACAGUUCUAGGUUUUGCUCGGCGUUUAUUUAUAAAUUUAUGUCGCUCGCAGGUCCGUUCUCUUUUCGGAUUUCUGGUUUUUAGAGCGAGAAGAGGGGUUUUGUGGAAGGCUGAGAGAAGAUUUAUGACGGCAAGGUCUGAACUGGCGUUGAUUGGGGCUUUGCUUAAGCUCUGGAUUUCGCUCGUUUCUGUAUUGUUUGCUCUCUGCGUGCUAAAGCAACUCUGCUGUGUCUUCCAGCAGAGAUCUCUCUUUCGCUUUCCUACUGUUUCGAUGCGUUUGAGGCCAAAGUGGACUUGUUCUCGAGUAGUGUGUUUUGGUGGAUUUCACAUAAAGCGAUUUUUCUAUCUCUUCUUGUUCUUGAGAGGACCCCUUACUUGAAGCUAUUCUGAGCAGUGUUUUCCUUUGCUUUUUUUUCUUCUUCCCAUCGUUUCAUUCUGUUUCUUAUUCCGAAAGAUUUUGCCGGCAUCUUUACGAGGGGUUUUGAACGGUGCAAUAUGUCGAAGCGAGCUUUGAAUCAAACUGAUCUCCGGAAAAGAUUGACGAAGAAAAAAUCGUUUUCAUCCGAAGAAAGCCUCAAGAUGAAGAAAAUUCGUGUAAUCUGUUACGAUCCGGACGCUACGGAUACGGAUUAUUCUGACGAUGAGCAAACCGAGAGGAAUCCGUUCGGACCCAAGCGUGUUGUUUGGGAGAUUAGGGUCCCUCUUGAAACACAGAGUUCAAGCCGAGAGAGCAACAAUGAAGAAAAAGCCGUCAACAAGGCCGGGGUUUUAGCUAGACCCGCAAACCCGACCCGGAAGACGCCAGCCGGAUCUAAGUACCGCGGCGUCCGUCAGCGCAAAUGGGGGAAAUGGGCGGCGGAAAUCCGGGACCCGUUCAACGGGAAACGGGUCUGGUUGGGCACUUACAACACCGCCGAGGAAGCCGCCAAGGCUUACGACUUGAAGAAGCUGGAGUUCGAAUCCAUGGCUGCCGCUUCUUCCUCUGAGAAAGGCUGCAAUUACUCAAUGGCGUCGGCCGGUCUUCAGGUGGACAUCCCCUCCGUCUCCGAUGGCUUUGAGAGCUUGCUCUCUCACACAUCUCCGGCUUCAGUUCUCGAUCUCGGCUCCCCUGUUUCGGCUUCGGCUUCUAAUUGCAGUGAAAAGUGCGCUGCUGUUGAGAUUCAACAGCUUGAUUCCACUGUCGUGGAUAAACCAUUGGUCCCUGAAACUGAGACCAAUCUUUCUGAUGAGCCAGUAAUGCCCCAAAUCGACCUUGGAAUUGAUCUUGACACCUCCUUUAUGGAUGAGUUCGGUAGUCUGUUUGAAGAUUUUGGCAGUCUAGAUGAUAUCCAGAUAUUCGGGCUGGAGCAAAGCGGACCCAGUGAUCUCCCGGACUUCGAUUUCGAGCUUGGGAAUGACGAUCUUGCGUGGAUGGAUGAACAACCCCUCAAUAUAGCAUGUCCAUAAAUUUUGCAGCCAGUAGGAAUCAGUGUUGUUACCAGUGGAAUCAUAUAUUAAGUUCAACAGCAUCACAAGAGAAUGAGAGAGAGAGAGAGAGAGAGAGAGAGAGUUUGCCUCAAGAACAGUGAAAUAAGGUUCUUGAGUGGGUUUUUGUUCUGUUUUGUCUAGGGAGCCUUAUUUGUUUUUGUUAACAGAGAGAAUGACAGGAGCGAGAUCCAUUGUUUGUAUGGGUUGGAGAGAGUGAGGAUUGAGGAGAGAGAUCCUCUGGUUUUCCCUGUGCUACCAGAGCCGUCCAGGGGAUCUGAUUUCUGUGAGAGUAGUAGAAGCAACCGUUGGUGGUUGAGAGUGAGCGUUCAUUGUUUCGCUCAAUUCUGUGUCAUCUCUCAUUUUGUUAAGUUAAAAGGAUCUUGGGUAAUAGAAAUUUUCUGAACAGGCUCACUUCCUAUUC